AUGUGGCGGCGGCGGCGGCGGCGGCGGCGGCGGCGGCGGCGGCCGCUACGUGUUGCGGCUCGGUUUUCCUGGCUGACCGGAGGCGUCGCGGCCGAGCUUUCGCCCCCCCCCCCCCCUUCCGGCGCCCUUGCUCGUAAUGGGGAGCCGGCGGGCCGACCCGGGCCGGCGGUCUGGCCGAAGUCCGUCGCCGAGGCGUCAGCGGUAGCCCUUCCCGAAGGACGCCUCUCACGGCCGCCGCGCCUCUCCGUAUAUAUACGGGGCGCGCUGGCCACGCCGGUACAGUUCAGCAGCCGCACCACCUCCACCACCACCACCAGCAGCAGCAUGAAGGUCCUGGUCGUCCUGAGCGCCGUCCUGGCCGUGGCCCUCGCCAAGCCCGGCUACCUGGGAGCAGCUCGCGCCAUCGCCGCCGCCCCCGCUAUCGCCGCCGCCCCCGCACUGGCCUACGGUGCUGCUCCUGCACUGGCCUACAGCGCUGCCCCCGCCGUCGUCGCCGCCCCCAUCCACGGCGGAUACGCCGCCUACGGCCCUGCCAACAUCGUCGUCGGAGCCGACGGCAUCCCCCUGGACACCCCUGAGGUGGCCGCCUCCAAGGCAGCCCACCUGAACGCCGUGGCUGAGACGCGCGCUCGUGACGCCAUCGUGAACAGCGCCGCCAUCAUUGCCUCCGCCCCCGCCAUCGCCGCCGCCGCCCCCGCUGUCAUCGACGCCAGGACCGUCGCCGCCCACGCCAUCGCCGCCCCGGCCCUCCGCUAUGCUGCUGCCGCCCCCGCCGUGGCCUACUCCGCCGGCCACCCUGGGUACGCCGCGUACGGACCUGCCAACAUUGUGAUCGGCCCUAACGGCGUGCCUCUGGACACCCCUGAGGUGGCUGCUGGCAAGGUGGCCGACGCCGUCGCCCACCUGGAGGCUAAGGUCCGAAACGGCCUGAUCCUCUGAACUGUCACGAAUAUCUUGACAAACUGCAAAAGUGUCUGUCGAAGAUUUGGGCUACAACAUUUUGGACUACUUGCUGUGAUAUUUAAAUAAACUGCUGUGUACGAAGAUA